ACAGCAUUUGCGCGACCUAACUUCACCCGAGUUUACAAUGUGAUUUCUUGAUUGUAAACAUAAGUAUAUGUUUACCGGUUUUUUGAGAAUAAUAUUUUAUUAUCGUGUAAUACACGUUUUAUUACACGAUAUAUAUUAAUCGUGUUAAAUAUACGAUGUGACAGUAGUAUAUUUUUUAUACAGGAGCAUAAGCAAACGUAGUGCGAUUGAUUAGGUUAGAUUGAAAUAAUUAAAUUGUGCUGUGAUGAUGCAUUUAAUUAAUAUUAUUAAUUUUAUUAAUUUUAAUAUGUGCAGCUGUUGAAGUUUAAUGAUUCUUUUGAGCAUUUAUACAUACAUAUAUUUUUAAAGCAAUCAUGAGUUUCUUAUCUCGUGUAAAUUCCAUGAGACUGAACUAUAAAAUAUUUAUGUAUUCCACGUUAACGUUAUUUAUUACGAGUACCAUAUUACUUUUUGUGUAUCUGAAUCGUAUUCAACCACAUUAUUACAUCGAUGAGGCUUUUCAUAUACCGCAGACAUUACAAUACUGCGCAUGGAACUUUACGCAGUGGGAUCCAAAAAUCACUACAUUGCCAGGCUUGUACCUUAUUACCACUGCGAUAUUAUCACCUUUUAAUAUGUGCAAUAUAACAUAUAUAAGAUUUAUAAAUUUACUUGGGACAUGCUUGAAUCUUUAUCUUAUUUACAAUAUUAUAAAAGAGAAUUGCAAGUCUGAUGGAACCGAACGAUGGAAUAAUUGGUUGAUACUUACGUUGGCUUACAAUGUUACUCUUUUUCCACCGUUGUACUUUUGGUGCUUCUUUUAUUACACAGAUGUUGUGUCUGUGAAUAUAGUACUUGCAAUGUUACUUUUGCACCAACGUAAUUAUAGGAAAAUGACAGCGUUUACAGGUUUAAUCGCUGUACUUGUUCGUCAAACAAACAUCAUUUGGCUCGGCUUCUUUACUAUAGAACACGCGUUAGAUAUAUUUGAUAGCAGGAUGGAACGACCAAUCUCGCCACGAGUGCUCAAUACUCCAUUACACUUUCGUUUAAUUUGGAAGCAGAUAAUGUACGAGUUACGCAAAGGCCUGUUAUCAUUUAUCAAGUUUACCGUACAAGUAUGCAACAGUCUGUUCUUCCAUCUAACGAUAUGCCUGAUGUUCGUCGCCUUCGUUGUCUGGAACAAAGGGAUAGUGAUCGGUGAUCGAACCGCCCAUGUAGCAACUAUCCACAUCUGUCAGAUUUUCUACUUCUCGGCCUUCGUCUCUCUGUUUUCCUGGCCCUACGUGUUGCCUCAUUGGCGAACGUGUUUGCGUUUUUUUCGUCGACACUGGAUUCUCGUCAGCUGCCUAAUUUUGCUGAUGGUCGCGGCGAUUCGUUUCAACACCCUCGUUCAUCCGUACGUUCUGGCCGACAAUCGGCAUUAUUUAUUCUAUAUAUGGAAUCGAUUUAUGGGCCGAUACGUGAUGUUUAGGUAUCUGCUCAUACCGAUUUACUGUGCGAGUCUGUUCGCCAUCUCGCGAAAUAUCAGUCACCUGAGAUUUCUCACACAAGUCAAUUAUAUUAUUUGCACGUGUAUGAUUCUGAUACCACAAUUAUUGGUGGAACCGCGUUACUUCAUUCUUCCUUAUAUAUUCUAUCGCCUAAAUCUGAAAAGACCGGAAAAGUGGCAGAUUUGGCUGGAAUCGCUCACGACUUGUGCAAUCAAUUGUUUGCAAUUUUUUAUUUUCGCUAACAAAGUGUUCUACUGGGAGGAUCAGUCUUAUGCCCAAAGAAUUUCUUGGUGAUAUUUAAGAUGAUAAUAAAAAAGAAACUUAUUUUAAUA